GGAUUGCGAAGUCCCGAAAGUCUCUCCACCAUCCCUCUGUCAACCUCAGAAGUAUAUAAGAUAAGCUUUAUAUUUCCAAAUGGAGACAAGUAUGAUGGUGACUGUACAAGAACACCUUCUGGAAUCUUUGAGAGAAAUGGAAUAGGGAUUCAUACCACCCCUGAUGGGAUUAUUUACAAAGGAAGCUGGAAAGAUGACAAGAUGAAUGGCUUUGGAAGACUUGAACAUUUUUCAGGAGCAGUAUAUGAAGGACAUUUUAAGGAUAAUAUGUUUCAUGGAUUGGGGACUUAUACAUUCCCAAGUGGGGCAAAGUACACUGGAAAUUUCAAUGAAAAUAGGGUGGAAGGUGAAGGAGAAUAUACUGAUACCCAAGGACUAGAAUGGUGUGGUAACUUUCAUUUCACAGCUGCUCCAGGCCUGAAAUUAAAGCUACUCAUGUAGAUAGAUGUUCUGCACUGAAGUUUUAAUGUGGUGGUUGAAGCUUUUAGUUGUAAGGAAAGCAACUAAAUCUGUCAUCUGAAAUGACUUCAUAUGCUAUAUCUAUAUUACAAACUUGCCAAUAAAACCAUUACUCACUUAUGCCUUUUUUCAACUUUGUUUUCAUCGUUAUAAUUGGUUUAAAAUACAUUAUGUCAUUCA